AUGACGCAGAAACGCCGUCACGACGACACUCCAAAGGAGAUCUUGGACCGCCUUAUUCAACGCAAACAGGGCUGCCCUGACCCGAAACACUUCCGAAAAUUCCUUAUGGAGCGGGUCAGCAAGACCACAUUUCGUUGCACCCUCGAGCUCAACUCAAGCUUGUGGGACGGUGGCUUGGCCAAGUCUGUUGGGAUUGGCAGCAGCCAUAAAGAAGCGGAGCAAGCGGCGGCGCAAGCAUACAUUUCACAGCCACAUGUUGCGGCACUUUUGAGGGAAUUGGAGGAGAUUGCUUUGGAGCAAAAGGCUACGAAGAAAGCGCGGCAUGGGCUCUGA